UUCUGUUGCGGGCAUCGCGACGCCGCCGUCCAAUUCGCGAUUUGUCGUCGUCUGUUUGGCGAUUUUUAUUGGAUAGCAUGAGGUGGAUACAUUGAAAAUGCCAAAUCUCUUCAUAUAGUGCAGUGCUGUGAUUGGUGGCUGGCCGAUGGGCGAAUUAUCGAAAAUGUAUAGAACCAUAUGGUUGGCUUGGUACCUGAGCAGCCUGAAAGUGGUGAGGGGCGGCGAAGCGGAGACGAGUUCGUGCACGUUCAACUCGAUGUGUGCGUGUUCGCCCGACCAGCUGAACCCGAAUCCUUCCAUUGAUAGCAUCGCAUGCUACUCGGUGCCAUUUUACAAGUUUCCAGUGAUGCCGGUGAAGCAGAUCGAUCGCAUCGAAGUGCUCGACUCUAUGAUUCCCAGCCUGGAGGCCGACACGUUGAACUCCUGCGAAAUACAGGCGCUGGUCUUCAACAACAACCAGCUGCAACAUGUUUCCGAGAAAAUAUUCAGUUCCUCAUUGGACACGUUGGUGUCGCUCGACCUCAGCUACAACCGCUUGGACGUCGUGCCGUUCCCCACUCUCAAAGACCUGAAGAGUCUGCAUUGGCUCAACUUGCACGGCAACCAAAUUGCCUCGAUCAACGGAGAUUGGUCCCACAUGAAAUCCUCACUCAACACGCUCUUUAUUGGCCACAACGAUAUCACGGAAAUCGCGGACACCUCGCCUCACAACGUCCAUUCGGGCAUUCGCCAGCUGAAGUAUUUGACGUGGCUCAAUGCGGACUCGAACCGAAUUCACAAAAUCCACAAGCACUCGCUGCCCUCCUCACUUAAAACCGCUAGUUUCGCCUACAAUCUGAUCGAGAACUUUCCUCUGGAUAUCAUCGCCAACAUGCCCCACUUGGAGUGGCUCUAUCUAAGGGGAAACCACAUCAGAUCCAUUCCUGAGCACACGUUUGGACGCAAGUUCUGGAUACAGAAAAUCGACCUGAACCAGAACUACCUCACGACUUUCCCAGCCAGACCUUUCAACGGUUCCAUCUUUGUCCGCGAUGUUUUCCUAGCAAUGAACGAGUUCGAAGUGGUGGCAGCCAACAGUUUUUCCGGCCUGGACUGCCGCCGAAUCGUCUUCUCCUACAAUCAGAUUGGCGACAUCGAAGAGGCCGCCUUCCAAGGAGUGCUCAGCACUCUCGAAUACCUGGACCUGGAUCAUAACCGGCUCAGAACUAUCCCCAUGGCCAUCACGCAGCUGCUGGCGCUGAGAUUCCUCUAUCUCUCCUUCAACUACCUCAGUGACCUCCCGGUGGGUUAUUUGGAUAGUUUCCGGGAGAGCCUAAAGGCCCUCUCAUUGGGCGGCAACCGAUUUUACAAAAUUCCCUCGGACGGUCUGAGGAACUGCUCGAAAAUAUCCUACUUCAACGCAGCUUCGAACCAGAUCAGCGGCAUUUCUUUGGAGGAUUUCAGCGAGUGGGGGCGCUCAGUGCAAGUGCUCAACAUCAACAACAACCGCAUUACCACUCUGAGCGCCAACGUGUUUAUGGAAAUGCCUAAACUGAAGGAACUGAGCAUCAGCUACAAUCCCUUAAGGAAUGUGGACCUGCAAGCCUUUGGCGGGCUUGCCAACUUGGAGACUUUGGAGCUCUCCUCCAGCUUUGAGCGGGACGAUUUGCCCUAUGAGGCCUUCAAGGACUUAAGCAAGCUCAAGUACCUCUAUCUGGACCACAACAGCUUCCAUGAAAUAAAGCCCAGCUCCUUCGAUUCUCUUCGAGACAUCGAGUACUUGAACCUGGACUCGAACAAAGUCGAGUCGCUGCCUGUGAGUUUAUUCAAGCCUUCCAUCCAUACGAAGCUGAGCACUGCGGUGCUCUCCAACAACGAGCUGAGUGUGCUGGAAAGUGGCUCCUUUGAGCUGCUUGAGAGCCUGGAGGUGAUCUGGCUGGACGGCAACAAGAUCCGCGACAUCCAAAAGGACGCUUUUGCCGAUCUGCCCAAAACCUCGAUGAUUUUUUUGAGGAACAAUCAGCUGGUUUCCAUUCAGCAGGGGGCGUUCUCCAACUUGCCCUUGCUCAGGCGGCUGGAUUUGCAGAGGAACCAGCUGACAAGGCUGUCGCUGAGUUACUUCUCCAACCUCAGCACGCCAUUGAGCGUAAACUGCAGCUUCAAUCAGCUAACCACAUGCACGGGCAGCAAAGUGAUGGCAAAUCUCGAAGAGCUGGAUUUGCGCGGCAACAAGCUGGCUGCUGUUCCUCCGUGUCUGCAGCUGAGCCCGUUGCUGAGGAAAUUGGUGCUGGAUUCCAAUAGCUUAGUUGCCCUGAAGAUGGACAGCUUCAGCAAACUGGCCGCCCUGGAGCAGCUGGGUUUGCACAAGAAUGCGCUAGCCCAUCUGGACCUGGGGGCGUUUUCCGGGCUGCAAAGCCUCCAAACGUUGGAUCUGUCGGAGAACUCCAUCAGCUACCUGCACAAUGGGCAGUUUUCCGUCGCCCCCAAGCUGAGAGUUUUGAAUUUGAGGGGCAACAGCCUCACCUACUUGCCCAGGGAGGUUUUCUCCAACACGCAGCUGGAGUUCCUGGACAUCAGCUAUAACUCCCUCUCUGUGGUGCCCAGGGAGAGUCUCUCGGACAUUGGCUUGACUCUGAGGCACUUAUCGCUUCAGUCCAACGUUCUGGAACACAUCGACGUCACCAGCUUUCCAGAUGUCCCCUUUAUGAACCAUCUGGAUAUGAGUAGGAACAAGCUGACGAUUCUGCCUGAUAACGUCUUCACCCAGCUGAGCUGGCUUCAGUAUUUGGAUCUGAGCUCCAAUCCUUUGAGGGCCAACUUCAAGGAACUGUUCCACUACGCUCAGAACUUGAAGCACCUGAACCUGGCCAACACUGGGCUGGACACCACGCCCGACUUCCCCUUGCCCGAUUUGGUGCACUUGAAUCUCUCCUUCAACAAUCUUCAAGACAUUGACAAGCAUUCGUUUCGCGGCUUGGGGAAGCUGAAGUCGCUGGUUCUGAGCCACUGCAACUUGGGCAGUGUUCCCUCGCAUCUGUGGGCGUUCUUGGGAAGUCUGCGGGAUCUGGAUCUGUCUUUCAACCCGAUCACUGGCAUCACUGUCGAGAGCUUCCAGGGGCUGAAGGCGCUGCAGACUUUGAACAUCCAGCAUCUGAAGCAGCUGGCACAAUUCGACAGCAAGGCCUUCAGCCACUUGAGGAUCCUGUCCGAGUUGUCCAUGCAAACGUCUCCCAGCUUGCAGAACUUCUACGAGGAGCUGUGCUACUUGUUCACCCAUAUGGGUCAGUUGAGGCGCCUGAAGCUGAACGUCAUCGAGCACGAGCUGCGCGAUCAGCUCACUUGUCUGGCCAACAAAAAGAUCGUCCAUCUGGAGAUCGCGGGGCGGAAUCUGCAGAUUGUGGACCGGGAGGCUUUCGCCAAGCUGACCAAGAAUCCCACGCUGAUGAUCAAGAUCAGUGGGACGCAAAUUGCUGACCUCCCAGCCGGGCUGUUUUCGCACAUGCACCAGAUCCAGCACUUGGCCGUGGAUCUGAGCAAUAACAUGCUCACCACGCUGACUCCGGAGGUUUUCUAUGGGAACUUCUCCACCUGGGAUGAUGUGGGGACCGGCUUGGUUUCUGGUGGUUUGGAGCUGUCGAAGAACCGGUUUCGCUGUGGCUGCCACUUGGCUUGGUUGGGGCACUGGUUGCGUCGCUGGUCGCGCGAGAACUUCAACCCGCGCACCUCCUCAGUCGACCACAUCAGCAAUCUUCAGGAGGCGACGCGACAGGGCACCUGCUGGGACUCAGCGCUCGAGCAGCACGUGCCCAUUAUGAAGCUGCCGCCGGUGGACAUGAGCUGCCAGGCCAGCGCUCUCAGCAGCCGCGCUGAGCGCUUUGCAGCUGACCAGCUGGCAGGUAUUACAGUGUGCUUGGUGGGCUACCUAGUAGGGUUUGGCUCGUGAGACUGGAGUGGCGGAUGAGGCGUGUAGAUAAUCGGUGGGUGUGACGGU